UUCGUUCGGCGCGUUACAACAAGCGAAACGGCAGCAGCUCAGCAGCAGCAACGGCAACGGCAGCGGCAACGACAACGGCAGUGGCAGAGAUAGCGACAGCGGCAGAACGUUCGGCGUUGUUGCGACAAUUCGGUCGGCAAUGGUGGUUGCAACAGUGGAACCAGUCUCGUCCAGUUUCAGUCUCAUCCCAACGUUCGUGACGGCAACAACAACGCUCAGCUCUGUGCAGAUCGGCGACGGUUUCGGUGUUACGUGCUUCGCGUGAGUGUGCGUGUGCGAGUUAAUGUUACCAGAUACAAGAUACUGUUAGUUGCGCAAAAGUAUCUCAAUGCUAGGCGAAACAAAAUGCGGCACCUGUGCACCGGUCGGCGCCAGCAAUGCAAGCCAAGUUCAAUAGCCGUUAAAUAAACGCCUCCGGCUGCCUGUGGCAUGUAACUAAAGCCAAAAGUAUUUCACAGCCGAAAUGUGCUAAACAUAUCAAAACAACCCACAAGAUACACAAGCUGCGAGCAACAGUGCAACAGUGCAACAACAACAGCAACAGAGUAAUAAUAAGAUAAAUCAAAUAAUUGCAACAGCUUCGACUGCAUUUAAUUUGCAUUUACAAAUCUAUCAAAAAUUGUGUUUAGCAUUUCUUGAUUGUGUGUGUGUUUGUGCAACGCUUUUUAACUAUUAUAUAAAAAGGAAAAUAAAAUAAAAAUAUAUACAGCAAAUAUAAUAACUAUACAUAAUAUACCCUAUAUACAAUGCAUACAAGCAAAGGAUACAAUCUACAAUCAACUGAUUGAAAACAUUUGAGGCGACAAAUAUUUUCAAAUUAGAUCUCUAGGCCAAUAUCAAUCCAUUAUCAAUUUUUCGCAGCAGAAUGACGCACAGUUUAUCAGCAAAGAGUUUAAACAAAUCUAGCUACAAAAUGUUCUCCCGCCAGUGCCUUUCCAGCUCCCCACGCUCUAGCUAUUCCCGCUCAAUACCAACAACAAUCACAUCCCCAUCAUCAUUGUCAUCGAUAUCAGACCAGAGUCGCGUUCGGCCGACAAGAAACUGGAAUGGCAAUGGCAACUGGAACCUUAGCCUCUUGGCAUUGAUCAUUGCCAGCGGCUGUUUAAUGCUCAAUACGCCAGCAAUUGCUGCUUUCGAUAUUGCUACAUGCAAUGUGCCUUUGGGCAUGGAAUCGGGCGCAAUUACAGAUGCUCAAAUCACAGCUAGCUCAGCCCACGACACGGGCUUCGUUGGGCCACAACAUGCAAGACUGAAAACCGAUAAUAAUGGCGGUGCCUGGUGCCCCAAGCACAUGGUAUCCAAUGCGCUCAAGGAAUAUCUGCAGGUGGACUUGCUGCAGACGCACGUGAUAACCGCCAUACGGACGCAGGGUCGCUUCGGCAAAGGUCAGGGUCAGGAGUACACCGAGGCCUAUGUGCUCGAGUAUUGGCGCCCGGGCUUCGACAAAUGGCAGCGCUGGAAGAACACACAGGGCAAGGAGAUAUUGCCGGGCAACAUCAAUACGUACAGCGAGGUGGAGAACGCUCUACAGCCAAUUAUAUUCGCCUCCAAGAUACGCAUAUAUCCAUAUGGUCAAUACGAUCGCACCGUCUGCCUGCGCGCCGAGAUCGUCGGCUGUCCAUGGGAAGAGGGCAUUGUUUCGUAUAGCAUACCCAAAGGCGUGCAGCGUGGCAUGGAAGUGGAUCUUUCGGACAAGACCUACGAUGGCAACGAGCAAGGCGAUCGCUAUGUCGACGGCUUGGGUCAAUUGGUGGACGGACAGAAGGGCAAGGACAAUUUCCGCACGGAUAUACACGGCUUUGGCAAAGGCUACGAAUGGAUUGGCUGGAGAAAUGAUACGCCCGGUCUGCUGGGUAAACCCGUUGAAAUUGUUUUCGAAUUCGACACGGUGCGCAAUUUCAGCGCCAUCGUUUUGCAUACGAACAAUAUGUAUACCAAGGAUGUGCAGGUUUUCGUGCAUGCUAAAGUCUUCUUUAGCAUUGGUGGACGCUACUUCUCUGGCGAGCCCGUACAGUUCUCAUAUAUGCCAGAUACCAUAAUGGAUCAUGCCCGAGAUGUUACGAUUAAGCUGCAUCAUCGUGUGGGCAAAUAUCUGAAAAUAAAUUUGUACUUUGCUGUCAAAUGGAUUAUGCUCUCCGAGAUCAGUUUUAUAUCCGUGCCCGCUAUGGGAAAUUUCACAGACGAACAGGAGCAGCGCAAUAAUGCGCCGGGCACCGCGCCGGAUACACGCGAAUAUCCUUUGCAGAGCAACGACUAUCAGCACAAUCAGCAUGGCAAGAAUAAAAUGAAUGGCGGCAACUCUGGCGGCGACACAAACGGCGGCGCCACCGAUGCCACCGGCAGCAGCAGCAACAACAACAACUACAACAACGGCCCACAACUAAUUGCGCCGCGGCCCAUCGAUCAGGAGCCGAACGAGGCGAACUUCAUUGGCGUUGUCAUUGUCGUGCUAACCACAAUAAUUAUACUGCUCGUCGCCAUUAUCCUGUUCAUCGUGUCACGCACGAAGCGAGCACGCGGCAGCAACGUACUCGAUGCAUUCCAAUAUAGCUUCAAUCCGAAUACACUGGGCGGCAAUGUCGACAAGCAUCGUCCGAAUGGCAAUAGCAUUAAGGCCAGCGUCGACGACAACGAUUCCAUUGGCAAGAACAGCCUUUACCACGAGCCCUUCAAUGUGAACAUGUAUACGAGCGGCGUGAACGGUUACGCAGCGGUUAAUGAUUUACAAUGUAAUAUGACGCCAGACUAUACAGAUGUGCCCGAAGGUGGCUAUGCGGUGCCCCACAUGCAGGACUACAUGCCGGCUUCGAAAAUGGCCAAUGCCGCCGGCGUCGGCGGCUAUGUGAAUGUGCGAAGAACGCCGCCGCCACCGCUGAGCAGCAUAUUCCCUAGGCCGCCCACGGUGCCGCCGCCGCCCAUGGAGAAAUACUAUGCGACCACGGCCAUAUUUAAGCCCAUCAAGGGCGGCUCGGCUAGCGGCGGCAGCAACACGAAUACGGUUAGCAGCGGCGGCGGCAAGAGCAGCCACAGCAAUCAGGACCAGCUGAAUGGCAUCUACGACGACGGCAUGGGCACCAUGAAUUCCCAGUCGACAGCGCCCAUGAUCAAUCCGUAUACCAGUGGCAACAGCGCUGCUGCUGCGGCUGCCGCAGCUGCUGAAUUUCAACGCGCCAGAACUUACAAUUUCCGCAGCUAUCCCGAUAAUCUCUAGUUCGAAGCCUCGCUCAAGUUGGCAGCAGCGGAGGCAGCCGUCGCUGGCAGCGAUCUAGCCGGCAUUAAGCGCAGCAACGCCUCCACAACAAUGCCCAAGAAGCCGCAGCAUCUAAGCAUCAGCAGCGGCAGUGGCAACGCGAGCAGCAGUGGCAACACUCUAUCCGCCAAGCCCAAAUACAGCUUGACGCUGCACAACAACAAAUACAGCAAGAAUCCCACAUCGAUGCGCGACAAUCAUCAGCAGCAGCAGAGGCAACAUCUGAAGGCGCUGCGUCUGACACGCGACGUGGCCAACACAGAUGCCAAUAGCUGCUCUGCUCCCGACUAUAAGAGGCCGACACUAACGGGUCUCUCGCCCGCCGAUGAUGUGGGCGUGCAUCUAAGCAGGAGUGCAGCUCUCAAAGCUGGCUCCGCUACUGUCAACAGUGAAGCUUCGACUAACCAACCAACGACAACAAAUGCAACCAAAUUGACUGGCAAUACGAACGGAAAUGGAAAUGGAAUUGCAACGGCACCAGCAACGGCAAAUCCGCUAGCAAAUGGUGUCAUCAGAACACAAAACAACAGGCUGUGGUAUCAUUGAUGAAAACCCCAUAUUAAAUGGAUUUGAGCUCUGGAACUCUACACGGACAUGCAACUAGAAAAUACAAAAUAUGAUAGAGAAGUGUUAAGUACUCGUUAUCGUAUCAUACCGUAAAUUGUGUUAGAACCCGCCCCUCCCUUAUAUGGAGAGCACAACGCGUCGAACAAUUAAACCCACUGAGCAAAUGGUAAAAAGAUAUAAAAGCAAAAAAGAAAAAAAUGAAAAGAAAACAAAAUUUAGCUAAAGUCGAAUAUCUAAGCAAAAAUGUAGCGUCGAAUAUAUGCCAACGAAAUGAUAAUGAUAAUGAUAAUGAUACAACUUAUAGAAUAUAAUCUGUAAAUAAAUAUAUAUGUAUGUAUACCUAGUAUAUAUCACCAUGCAAGUAAAAAGGUAGUGAAAAAUGCAUAUGAUAGUAAAACGAGCUGAAUUUUUAAAAACCUACAAAACAAGCAAAAAAUAUUUAAAGAACAAAAACACACGGCACUAGUUUCUCAUAGAUCAAAUGCAAUCGAACAGAACAUUGAAAAAAAAAACAACAAAAAUGAAAAACAAAAAACGAAUUUAAGGUCUAGCAUUUAGCGACACUUAUUGUUUAUAAAACGAAUCGAAGCGAAGGUAAUAACUGAUAUAAUGAGAUGAAAGUAACUAGCAUAUAUAAUAGAGUUCAACUGAUUUUUAGUACCUUUCCGAAUGAAGAAAUCGAAAAGCAAAAAUAAUAAUUGCAAAACUAACUGUAAAUGCCUCUACAACUCCUUAGCCCUAAACUAUAUAACCCCGCCCCCAACUACUUAAAGCCCCACUGUAAAUUUCUGUGUAUAAAUUUAGAGAGAGAUAGAGAGAGGGUAUCCGUGAGAUACAUAGAUUGUUUGCUUACCGAGCAGAUGGAAAAUGCCGCGUCAAAAAUUAUGUAGAGACGUUGAUGAUAAUGACGAUGAUGAUGAUAAAAUUGUAACGGAAUUUAACGGACCAAGAGAGCGUGCAGAGCGUCAUCGCCUAAAACCAAUUAAAAUGAAGUUUUCAUCAAUGAUUUGUGAUUAAAAAUAUAUAUUCAACUACUU